AUGCCCAUUUCUGUCCCCACCGCCUCCCUGGAAGGCAAAGUCGCCCUCGUCACCGGUGCAGGCCGCGGUAUCGGCCGUGGUGUCGCCCUCGAGCUCGCCCGCCGCGGUGCCUCCGUAAUCGUCAACUACGUAUCCUCCGCCGGCCCCGCCAACGAAGUCGUCAAGCAGAUCGAAUCCCUCAACAACGGAGCCCGCGCCAUCGCCAUCCAAGCCGACGUCCGCCGCGUGUCCGAGAUCGACCGGCUCUUCGCCGAAGCCAAGCGGGCUUUCGGCCGCAUCGACAUCGUCAUGUCCAACUCGGGCACCGAGUCCUGGGACAAGACCGAGGACGUCACCGAGGAGAAGUACGAUUACGUCUUUGACCUCAACGCCAAGGCGCAGUUCUUUGUCGGGCAGGCGGCCUACAAGCGCUUGGAGCGCAACGGACGGGUGAUUCUCAUGACGAGCAUCGCGGCGGGGUUGAUGGGGGUCAGGAACCAUGCGCUGUAUAAUGCGUCCAAGAUGGCGGUGCAGGGGUUUGUGAAGGCGUUUGCGACGGAUUUUGGAGACAAAGGGAUCACGGUCAAUGGGGUGGCGCCCGGGGGCAUCAAGAGUGAUAUGUUUGCGGAGAAUGCGUGGCAUUAUAUUCCUGGUGGGACGCCCGAGUUGGGUAAGGAUAAGAUUGAAAAGAUGAUGGCGGAGCAUUGUCCGCUGGGAAGAUGUGCGGUGCCGGAGGAUGUCGCGAGGGUGGUGGCGUUUUUGGCUAGUGAGGAUGGGGGGUGGGUUAAUGGUCAAAUUAUUACCAUCUCUGGUGGUUCUUCUCAGUAGAGAUAUUCUGGAUGCUGCCUGGGAUGGGAAAAUAGAGACAGAGAGGGUGGAACAAGUGGGUGAUCUGUUGGUUGUUUGAUGGCAUACCACACUACAUUUGGAAAGUCGAGAAAAAAUCGCUGGGUUGCGAUGAUGACUGGUCAGGAGUAACGUGAAUCUUGCAACACAAUUGUGAAUUUAUC